AUGUCCCAACAAACGAAAGACUGGAGCGCAAACCAAUACCUCAAAUUCGAAAACGAACGCACCCAACCCGCCCGCGAUCUCCUCUCCCACGUCCCCCUAACAUCCCCAAAAAGAAUCAUCGACCUAGGCUGUGGCCCAGCCAACUCAACAACAGUCCUAGCAACCCAAUACCCAACAGCAAAAAUAACAGGCCUGGACUCAUCCCCAGACAUGAUCAAACGCGCAAAACAAGUCCUCCCAGACCGGGACUUCCAGGUCGCAGAUCUGACCACCUACACGCCCGACCCAGCGACGCCAUGGCUGAAAGCCGACGAGCGCAUUGCGGUUAUUAAGCGGCUGCUACAGCCCCAGGAAAAGGGCGCUGUUUUCGCACUCCAGGUCCCGCAUAACCUGGACCAACCUUCGCAUGUUCUUAUGGCGGAGACGGCUGCUCAGGGUCCCUGGGCGGAGAAACUAGCCGGUGUGCAGAGAGAUCGGUUCCAGUCGCCGCAGGAGCUUUAUGAUCUGCUUAUUCCGUUUGCUAGUCGGGUUGAGGUUUUUGAGACGAGUUAUUAUCAUUCGCUUGAGAGUCAUGAGGCGGUUAUUGAGUGGGUUAAGGGGACGGGGUUGAGGCCGUUUUUGGAUCCGUUGGAGGAUGCCGAGAAGGUGGAUUUCUUGGAGGAUUAUUUGAGGCGUCUGCGGGAUGCUUAUCCUGUUUCUGUUGAUGGGAGGGUGUUGUUGAAGUAUCCGCGGUUGUUUCUGGUUGCUGUGAAAUGA